AUGACCGAGGAGGCCGUCAGGUCCUUCAAUGACGUCAAGGCCGCACUUGCGAACGCAACACUGCUUGCCCACCCCCGCUCAGAUGCCCAGCUAACUCUCGUGACAGAUGCUUCCAGCAUUGCAGUUGGUGCAUCACUGCAGCAAACUGUUAGUGGUGUUCUACAGCCUUUGGCUUUCUUCUCGAAGAAGCUCAGCCCUGCAAAGACCCGCCACAGUGUCUUCGGCCGCGAACUCCUUGCCGUCUAUUUAUCCAUCCGGCUCUUCCGCAAUUUCCUCGAGGGUCGUGAAUUUGUUGUUCUAACAGAUCACAAGCCACUCGUUUUGCACUGAGGGCCUCUCUCAAUCGAUACUCGCCCCGUGAAAUUCGUCCUCUAGAUUUCAUCUUACAGUCCUUUGUAAAGAAAAUUUGGUUGCUGAUACUCUCUCAAGAAUCGAGAUGGCUUCCGUCACAACCGACGCCAUAGACUUCACGCUCAUGGCUGAGGCUCAACGAUUGGAUGAAGAACUCUCCCAAUACUGCCACGAGGAAUCUUCUUUACGCCUUCAAGAUGUCCCCUUCUCACUGGCACUGGCACUAUAACGUGUGAUCUUUCUACCGGACACGAACGUCCUUUUGUUCCAGCAACUUUACGACGACACGUGCUCAACGCCCUUCACAAUAUAUCCCACCCUGGAGUCCGGGCGGCAGUGAAACUCAUCACUGACCGAUUCGUCUGGCCCAACAUCAACCGGGAUGUACGGCGUUAGACCCGAUCCUGUCUACCCUGUCAGCGCGCCAAAACGCAUCGGCGUACUAUUACCCCGCCAGGUACUUUCGCCACUCCUGAUGCACGCUUCAGUCAUGUGCACAUUGACCUGGUAGGUCCGCUGCCACCAUCUAACGGUUCUGCCUAUAUGCUGACAUGCAUUAAUCGCUUUACUCGGUGGCCGGUUGCUGCGCCCAUUCCGGACAUCAGUGCCGAAACCGUAGCAAGAGCUUUCUUGACUCAUUGGGUGUCCAAUUUUCGAGUUCCUGCGACUGUCACCACUGACCGCGGAUCCCAAUUCGAGUCCACGCUGUUUCGCGAGCUCACUUCCCUUCUCGGUACCAAACGAAUUCGAACAACAGCGUACCACCCUCAAGCAAAUGGUCUCGUCGAACGCUUCCAUCGACAGCUGAAGACUUCCCUUAUGGCCCAGCCCGAUCCUUCCCGAUGGUCUGAUCACCUUCCCCUGGUGCUGUUGUCCCUCCGUUCCACUCUCAAGGCCGACAUCGGUUGCACUGCAGCUGAUCUUGUCUACGGAACCUCCCUACGACUGCCCGGUUAG